CUAUAUACCCUGGCAUUACCGUGCGAUGGUUAACCCACAUGUUAUAUCGAUUAUCUUCUGGCUUAAGGCCGCGCAGCGUGCCUGUGGCUCUAUUCAGCCCAGGAGGAGACUGUGCGAGUUGAGCUCCUUAAAUCGGAGACCAUCGGCUGUCGAGCAGAGCCAGACUGUUUCCCGCCGCCCAUUCCAGAGAUCAUAAUUCGCGAGAUAAUGACUCUUAAUUGAAAAUGCACUGAAAUCGGCCUGAAAGAUCUGUUGCAGAAACAGAUCAUAUUUUCAUCGAAACGAAUAAAAGUUCUUUCAGGAGCCCGAUACUUGCUGUACGCUUAGCGUGCUCUGCUCUAACAAACCUGACCGAGGAGCUAGGAGAAGGUGCUGCAUGCAAGUGUCUCAUUCUGCCCGCUGCUCGCUGCUCCUGAGGCUGACACGCUUAGUCUCCAAUGAUGAAGUCUGUUCACAUCAUAGUGACCGGCAUCAGCCAUUUGCCUCAUUGUGCGGCGUGAACCAGUUGCCGUUCUGACACCCGUGUUCGCGUCAGCCGUGGGAGAGCGGGGGAAGGACGGCCGCAGAGUGGGACGGCGCUGCCCAGGUGCGAGUGGCGAUCGGCUCCAUUGAUCAGCUAUGGGAAAGGGGGCGGGGGAGGGGAGUGACGUCAACGCGAAGGGGGCUGAAGAUGGCUACCGUAGCCCAGGCACCUAACGCAGGCACAGAGCGCCGGCCGUGAAGACGCGCUCCUACCUGUGAGGAAGAAGGACGGACGGACGGAGAAAGAGGGAAGCUGGAGAAAGCUCGCCGCAGCCACUACCACCACCACCAGCAGCAGGAGCAGCAGCAGCAGCAGCACACACAGACACACACCUGUGCGUCCCGGGGUUCUGGAGAGGCGACGUCCGUCGCCGCUCGCUCCGGUUGGCCAUGGGCUCGUCCGCCGAGGCAGACCUGAAAGAGAAAUUGCUCUGGAAUGUGAAACGGGAGGUGAAGCAGAUCAUGGAGGAGGCAGUGACCAAGAAGUUUGUCCAUGAGGACAGCAGUCACAUCAUCGCGCUGUGCAGCACAGUGGAGGCCUGCCUCCUCCACAUGCUGAAGCGCCGAGCGGCCGGCUUCCUCCGCAGCGACAAGGUCGCGGCGCUGUUCACCAAGAUCGGCAAGGUGGACGACACGACGGCGGAGGUGUGCAGGAAGGUGCAGGGGCAGCUGCAGCAGCAGCAGCAGCAGGUGGAGGCCAGCAGGAGGGCGCAGUCCAGCAGCCCGGAGAGUCUGAAGAGGCAGAGCUCAACGGCGGGCCGGCCCCCACAGCCCCUCAGCCCCCAGGCAAUCAAACACAUCUGGGUGCGGACGGCGCUCUUCGAGAAGGUGCUGGACAAGAUCGUGCAGUACAUUGUGGACAACUGCAGUAAGUACUAUGAGAAGGAGGCUCUGAUGCAUGAUGCAGUCUUUGGGCCCAUUCUUGCUGCUUUACUUGUGGGUCCCUGUGCUCUGGAGUACACCAAACUGAAGACCUCGGAUCACUUCUGGACCGACCCCUCGGCCAACGAACUGGUCCAGCGGCACCGGAUCCACGGAGCGCACAGCCGCCCGGACUCCUCUCCGGGCCGCCGGCCCACCCUGGGGGUCCGGAAGCGUCAGUCCAGCGGCAGUAUGUCGGAGGAUAAAUUUGCCGCGUCCGCGCGGGAAUACGUGGAGUCCCUGCACCAGAACUCGCGCACCCACCUGCUCUAUGGCAAGAACAACGUGCUGGUGCAACCGAAAGAAGACAUGGAGGUCCUGCGUGGUUACCUGUCACUGCACCAGGCUGCAGAGAACCUCACUCUGAAGUGGACGCCCAACCAGCUAAUCAAUGGGACCCUGGGAGACUGUGAUCUGGAGAAGAGUAUUUACUGGGACUAUGCCCUGACUGUGCCUUUGCGACAGAUUGUCUGCAUCCACUGCCAUCAACGACCUGACUGUGGCGGGACCCUGGUGUUGGUGAGCCAGGAUGGAAUCCAGCGCCCCCCCCUGCACUUCCCCCCCGGGGGGCACCUCCUGGCUUUCCUCUCCUGCCUGGAGAGCGGUCUGCUUCCCCGUGGGCAGCUGGAGCCCCCCCUGUGGUCCCAGCGAGGCAAGGGCAAAGUGUUUCCCAAGCUGCGGAGGAGGAACAGCACCACGAGGCUGGGAGAGCCACGGGACACAGGCGGGGAGGAGGAGAUUGCUGCUGACUACGUCUUUCGGAUCGUCUAUCCAGGACACCGCCACGAAUCCAUCACUAUAAACUACCACCACGUGACGGGCAGUCGCGCGCCCUCUCUGGAUGAAGAUGAGGAGGAGGAAGAUAGGCUUCACGCAAUGAUCUCAAUGAUCUGCUCGCGGAACCUCACAGCUCCUAAUGUCAUGAAAGACCCCGGGGACAUGAUCGAGAUGCAGGGUUUCGGCAGCAGUCCCCUGUCCUGGCAGCAGGGGGAGUCCGGCAGCCACGUGUCCUCCUGCCUGUCCUGCUCCACGGGGGGCAGCAGCACCCCUUACGAGCUGCACCCCGGCUGCACCUGCAUCCACGACCGGAUACCUCUGAAGAUGCUGUGCCAGAACAUGAAGAAGCAGAUUGUCUCCAGGGCUUUCUAUGGGUGGUUGGCGUACUGCCGGCACCUGUCCACAGUGCGGACACACCUGUCCGCGCUGGUCAAUCACAACAUCGUCCCGCCGGACAAGCCCUGCGAGGCGUCGGGGGGCCUGAGCAAGGACGUGUGGAGCAAGUACCAGAAGGACUGCAAGAACUACAAGGAGCUGGAGCUGCUGCGACUGGUGUACUACGGUGGGGUGGAGCACAAGAUCAGGAAGGAGGUGUGGCCCUUCCUGCUAGGGCACUACAAGUUCGGCAUGGGCAAGAAAGAGAUGACCCAGAUCGACGAGAAGGUUGCUGCCAAGUACCAGCAGGUGAUGGAGGAGUGGAAGGCCUGCGAGGUGAUCGUGAAGCAGCGAGAGAAGGAGACCCACUCGGCCAUCUUCGCCAAGUUCUCCUCGGGCAGCAGCAUCGACAGCCACGUCCAGAGGCUGGUCCACCGAGACUCCACCAUCAGCAACGAGGCGAGCCGGCGCCCACGCCUGUCUGACUCCCAGAGCACCUCCUGGGUGUUCAUGUCAGUAGAAGAGCUGGACAGCAGGGGACGGGGCCUGCAGGGGCAGGAGGACGGUACAACCACUCUGACGAACGUGGGGACCCCCGUAGUCCUGGCACCCGACGAGCGCCCCCUGGUGGAGUUUGACUCCCCAGACUCGGGCCUCCCCUCCUCGCGGAAUUACUCGGUAGCGUCUGGCCACUCGCAGAUCAUGUCCAGCAUCGAGGACGCCCAGAGCAUGGAGGAGGAGCCAGGGGAGGAGGGGGCGCAGAGCAUGCUGGGAGAGCAGGGGCGACAGGACUCUCUGAGCGAGGAGCAGCUUUGCGGUCAGGUCGACAGACUGAUGACCGGGCCGGGUGGUGCACCCCUCUCCCUCUCAUCAUACACGAUCGAGCUCCUGGACACGGUGGCCCUGAACCUGCACAGGAUCGACAAGGACGUGCAGCGAUGUGACCGCAACUACUACUACUUCACACAGGCCAACCUGGAGAAGCUGCGGAACAUCAUGUGCAGCUACGUGUGGGAGCACCUGGAGAUGGGCUAUGUCCAGGGUAUGUGCGACCUCCUGGCCCCUCUCAUGGUCAUACUGGAUGAUGAAUGCCUUGCAUACAGCUGUUUCACGCAGCUGAUGAAGAAAAUGAGCCAGAACUUCCCGAACGGUGGAGCUAUGGACACACACUUCGCCAACAUGAGGUCUCUUAUCCAGAUUCUGGACUCGGAGCUGUUUGAGCUGAUGCACCAAAAUGGAGACUACACACACUUCUACUUCUGCUACCGCUGGUUCCUGCUGGAUUUCAAAAGAGAGCUGCUGUACGAGGACCUGUUCGAGGCGUGGGAGGUGAUCUGGGCAGCGCGGCACAUUUCCUCGGAGCAUUUCGUCCUCUUCAUGGCUCUGGCCCUGGUGGAGGUCUACCGGGAGAUCAUUCUGGACAACAACAUGGAUUUCACGGACAUCAUCAAGUUCUUCAAUGAAAUGGCCGAGCGGCACGACGUGCAGCAGAUUCUGCGAUUGGCCAGGGAGCUGGUGCACAAAGUGCAGACUCUCAUCGAGAACAAGUGAGCUCGGGGGGCAGGCGGGAGCGGAGCAGCUGGGGUCGGGGGGGGAGGUGUCGCUGAGCGGCCCGGGGGUCCCGGAGAAAGGGGACCCUGGGAAGCAAAAAAGAGAGAGACCUCCCUCCUUCUCAGCUGUCCCGCCUUGACUGUUCCGAGAAGCUCCCGUCCGUUCCUCUCAGGGGAGUGACUGGCCUCUGCAGCAGCUCCAGCCAGGACUGACAGACUGCACUGCAAAACACCCCUCUGUUCCAAAGGCCCAAGGGGGCUGGAUGGAUGUGGGCAAGGGGAUACAGGGCUCUGAUGGGGUCCUGAUGGGUGAAAUCCAGGAAGGAGCUGGCCUGGCCUGGCCUGUCUGUCCACCUGCCUGCGUCUGUACUGGAUGGAACCCAGCAGGUCUUAAUAGGUGACCAGACUGUUCCCUGUGCAUGCCCCCCGGCAUUCUCUCCCACUGUGACCCAAUUUCAACAACAAAAAAAACUGCUGAAAAGAACUCGUGCGCGCGCACUUUGGAUCGUUCUAGAUCGUUGCGGUUUACAGUUACAGUUUACAGUGGACCAAGCCCUGCGUCGUAACCUUCCAGCCUCUCGUUACCUUAAGCCACACUUCCCAGUGCCCAUUUCGCCUGAAUCCAAUGGUAUUCACUCUCCCGUUGAGGGGGGGUGGGGGGGAAGACAGUGGGCGGGAGGGAGAAAACUGCGUCUGGGCGUUUGUGCGCGCAGGCCGAAGCAGGCGCGACGCCGCUCUCCUGCCGAACGCCUGCCAAGGUGUCUUCCCAGCGGCAGGGUCUCCGUUUCAGUGUUGCCUCCUUCCUGUGCCCCCUGGCUGAAGGCCUGCCCCCAGGACCCCUGUGUACAGGCUUAUGGCUGCCAGAUAAGGUGAGUCAGACAAACGCCUUUCGCUGCCAGAAUCAAGAGGAGAAGAAAAAAUGCAUACUUUGUGACCAACAGAACUGUGCCAUUUUUAGGAACUGUUAAUGUAUUUGGAAUUGACACUUUUUUCAAGUAUUCCAUUCUCUAUAGUUUUUUUUUGUUAUGGUCUUUCUAUUUUCUUAAACCAUCCAAAAAGCGAGCAAUUCUUGUCCAUUUCUAUUGUGGGGAAUAUGACUAUCCUUAGGGAAAGCUUUUAGCUUUUUUUUCUCCUGUAAAAUCAACACGAUUCUCAAUGUGUGCCAAUACAAAUUUGUAAUUUUGUCUCUAUCUGGGUUCCAGUGAAAUGAAUCCCAGAAACGGGUGUAGGGUACUUAUGAAUCAGUUCUGUAGAACCUGCACUCAGUUUUUACAAGCUCAGCUCCUUCCUGAUACAUUAGCUGCUGAAGGGAUAGGAGGCUGUGAUUUACAGUAGCACAGGUAGUCUGAACCAGGAGGAUUUUCCUCUAAGUGGUCCAAAGUCUAGUCCAGAUUGCUUCCCCAAGUAUUCAAGAGCUUCAGUCCUUGUUGUGGGUGCCAAGAUUUCAGCAAACACCUGGCGAUGCCAAUAAAGUGCAUUGAUUUGGAGGUCAGAGGCAGCCAACAGGCAAAGCAAUCUGGGCCCUGUUGAAAAUUGAUAUUGCAGCAGUGUUGUGGUGCAGCACUUUGCAACAGAGGUGGAUCGUGGGACCAAACGUUGCCUCACCUCUGUCAAAGUGGUCUCGCGCCCGGGUCCGACACUUCACAAGUGUCUGGAAGGGCCGGGCACUGGUUCUGCGCCUUGUUGCCAACAGCACAAAAUUCAGUUCUCAACCAGCGAUAGCACGAACCAGGAUCACAUGUCCCUACAUUUCCAGUUUUUGGAGAGGUGUGUGGUUGUUUUUAUAGCUUUGUGGUUUUAAGUGUUGCACAAUGAACAAAUGCCACUUAACUGAAAUGCAGACCAAAUCUUUGCGGCCCUCACCAGCACAGGCAGACUGAUGGUGAAUGAAGAGGUAGAAAACCACUGCAGCUUUGUGUCAAGUCUGUCAAGGAUUUGUUUUUUAAUUUUAGCUUGCUCAAAAUCAAACGCGUGUUUGAAUGAAAUGCAUCUAGCUUUAUGUUUUUUUUUAAUCUCCUUAGGGUAGGAGAACAUGAUAGAAUAUUAAAAAUAUUCUAUAAAGCAGAAUCUCAAAAGCAUAAUCAUGAUAUCAGGCGUCAGGAAUGACCAAUAGAUCUUUUGUAACGGAUUUUUAUUUUUUUGGAGUGCCUUUGCAUGGUGCCAGAGCCUAAACCUUCACUCACUUUCGUUCUGCUCGGCUGAGGGUGGAAGUCUUAUAUGCAGCUGUUGAAUGCAUCACCUGUGUCACAUAGUGCUCUUCUAGGGGCUGUGCCAGUUCAAUUGGCCACAGUCCUGUUGAGCUGGCGGGAUUUCGUGCCCGGCAAGCCAGCGUUCAGAAUUAUCCUGAUCUCAGUUCCAUAGUUAACGAUGCACAACUCCAAAAUAAAACUAAAAAGAGAAAAGAAAACACUUUUCCAAUUGAGUGUUGCCAGAAGCUGCAAGAGAGAUUCUUGCAGACGUGUCUCAGCUGAGCUCCAGUGUGGGGAUGUCAAGGUUUAACGGCACUUUUUUGUCUGCAUGAACCUUAAUCAACAGUGUACUCUUCCUUUGGAGGUGGUUUUGUACAGGCAGCUGGAGAGAAGUAGUUAUUGUAUUACAGAUGAGAUGGGUAAGGUUUUUUUUUUUUUGCACAUGUAUGCUGGUACUGAAAUUGCCAUGUAUCUUUAAUAAUAAUUUCCUUUUAGUAAACAGGAGAAGGUGUUGGCAUAGAGCUAUCACUCUUAUUUAUUACCAGCUUGGUGUUCUUACAAUAGAGUCUGACUAUAUCUGUUUUUCCCAUAUGCAUUGCAAUAUGUACAAAAAGGUAACUGAGCUGUUCACUAUGAUGGCGUUAUGGCAUGAUGCAAGAGCAGCUUCGUUUGCGCCACCUGCUGACAGAACCCAGACAGCGAGGGUCCAACUAGUAAAGGGUUAAUACAAGUGAGAGUGAACGACAUUCUGACUUUCCAAAUAGAUGUAUUUUUGGAUGCGGGUGGUUUUCAGAGUAUCCUCCGCGCCACCCAUAGUCGAGCCCUUUUCCCUUGUCUCUCGCCGUUUCCAAAGCCUUCGGGAACGUCUCUUAGCAGGGACAGAUGUGCAAUCUCGAACCAUGUUUCGGAAAGACUGUAUGCUCUAUUUAAGAUGACAUGCUUUUUUUUUUAUUUAUGUUGUGAACUGUUUUAUUUGUUCUUUCUCCCUCUCUCAAGUGGGGAAAUGGAAAAAGAGGUUUAAGGAGACUGUGGUGUUUUUCAGAAUGUAUUUCUAAGCCAGGUGUCCUGUAUCCUACAGAACUACAGCUUUCACCAGGGGGAAAUGUUCGUUAUUUGUCGACUGUUAUGUGUUCUUUAUGAAGGUCGUGCACUGAUUUUUUUUUUAAUUUUAUUUGGAAACAAACAUUUGAAUGAUAAUUUAUGUAUUAUUAAGGAUUGAUUCAAGUAUUAUCUUGAAUGUAACAUAUCAAUAAAAAAGGCUGUCUCAUUCCAAUUUA